AGUGCUGAGAGGAAAAUGAAUUUAACACGCGCAUUGCCUCAAUUUCUUUCAGACACUGGCCAGAAGAAGACGACAGACAAGAAAGAUGGGCGACGAAUGUCUUUUCAAAAGCCUAAAGGGACGAUUGAAUAUUCUGUGGAAUCGAGAGAUACUCUAAACAGUAUUGCCUUGAAAUUUGAUACAACACCCAAUGAACUGGUUCAAUUAAAUAAGCUUUUCGCCAGAGCAGUCGUUCCUGGACAGAUUUUGUAUGUUCCUGACCCAGACUACAUAUCUAGUGUGGACAGCUCCCCCUCUCUAAGCCCUAUAAGUCCCCUAUCACCUACAUCUUCAGAAGCAGAGUUUGACAAGGCUACAGUAAAUGAUCCAGAUGGAGUCCAACGGAAAGAGUCAGUUGUUUCACCAGCACAUCCGUGUGUUCGCACUGCAAGAGUGGUAUCAUCUACCUCUGAAGAGGAGGAAGCGUUUACAGAAAAGUUCCUGAAAAUUAACUGCAAGUACAUCACCAAUGGCAAGGGUACAGUCAAUGGUGUGCUGCUAGUGACGCCAAAUAAUAUAAUGUUUGAUCCUCAUAAAAUGGACCCUCUUGUCCAAGAGAAUGGCUGUGAAGAGUAUGGCAUCAUGUGUCCCAUGGAAGAAGUGAUGUCAGCUGCUUUGUAUAAGGAAAUCACGGACAGCAAAAUUAAGGAUUCAUUAAGCAUAGAUGUAGAACAGCUGUCUGUGAGGGAACUUUGCCAUUCCAAGAAAGCUGCAAAAAGCAAUACAGAAGAAAUGAAUUCCAGGAUUCGGGAUACAGGCAAUGACAGCGCUAGCACUGCUCCAAGGAGUACAGAGGAGUCUCUUUCAGAAGAUGUGUUCACAGAGUCAGAACUCUCUCCAAUACGUGAGGAACUUGUUUCUUCAGAUGAGCUUCGACAAGACAAGUCUUCGGGAGCAUCAUCAGAGUCUGUCCAAACAGUAAACCAAACUAGUGCAGAAUGUUUAACAACCGUUUUGGACUCGAAAGAAGCUGGCAGUGACUUAAAAUCCAAUGUUGAAAUGGUUGUGAAUGUUAAACAGUUAGAUACCCACAGCGUAGGUUCAGAAGGUGCAGAGAUGUCUGUAAAGGGUGGACAAGAAUCUAGUGAAAGCAUGGAGAACACCUUUCAGCAGUCUUUGCAAGGAUCGCAUGUUAGUGAAGAAUGUGACAAAGAGACACCAGUGGGCAAAGAUCAAGACUCCACGCUAGGAAAAGAGUCAGAAUUAGAGAGUAAAAUGAGAGAGGAAUGUCCACAUUGUGAAGGUACCACAGACUCUCAAAAGUUAGAGCCAACUAGGAAGGGAAACACAGAGCAAGCUCAAGACUCUGAGGCAGAAGUUGAGGAACUUCGCAAACUCUGGAAGUCCCAUACUAUGCAACAAACCAAACAACAAAGAGAAAAUAUGCAGCAGGAUUCACAAAAAGAUAUUAGUCAGAAAACUGUGACUUCAGGAGAUGGGCAAUCAGAAGGUUCUUCCCUUACGAAAGAAAAACGAAGACAUCGAUCUCACAAGUUUUUGUGUCUCAAGGUUGGAAAACCUAUGAGAAAAACAUUUGUCUCACAAGCAAGUGCAUCAAUGCAACAGUAUGCUCAGAGGGAUAAAAAACAUGAAUAUUGGUUUGCUGUUCCUCAAGAAAGGACAGAUCACCUGUAUGUCUUCUUUAUCCAGUGGAGUCCAGAGCUAUAUGCAGAAGAUACUGGGGAAUCUCUUCGAGAGCCCGGAUUUAUAGUCGUAAAAAAGAAGGAAGAACCUGAAACUAGUGAAGAAUCUACUACUGAAGAUGCUGCUAAAGAGUGGGAGGUAGUAUCAGUGGCUGAGUAUCACCGCAGGAUCGAUGCUCUAAAUAGUGAAGAACUGCGCACACUCUGCAGACGUCUCCAGGUGCCCUCUUCAGUAGUUUAAAACCAAUCUCCAGAUAAUUUUGUAGUGUCUUUGAUCAGGGCAAGUCCCACCCUAAGGUGGGUUUGUCUUGUCUACAAACAACACUACAAGGAUCCAGCAGAAAAUUCCUCUGUUUUGGAUGUAUAUAACUGUGUAAUGAUAUGAUGGAAUGCAGUAAUUUUAUGAUGAAAUUAUUACUUUUGACUCUCUCAAACAGGAAUUUUCUGUCAGAAUUCAAAAAACUUGUUCUUAAUACUACUUGAUCUGGUGUGAUGAUGUCUUUCAACUUCCACUUUCUACUGGUGUGUUGUGUUAGAUAGUCUUCCUAAAAAGAAUGCAAAACAGGUGAAGAAUCCAAAAGUGUAUUACCUGGUUGCAAGGGUGUUUAAUUUAAUGUAGAAAUUAUUUAUCAAGAAUCUCACAGUGCUUGGCAAGUACGAAUCUUCACAACUUCUCUGGAAUAGGUAAGUAUUUUUUUUUCCAUUAUACAAGAGGUAACUGAAGGCUGUUCAAAGUGUCAAAGGCUGUACAAGUGGUGCUUGUAACUGAACUUUCUCUUCCAGUAAGUGUCUCAGUUCAUAUUUUUGGAGGCUUACUGGAAUGGACUUUUAACUGAUUUUUGCAUUCUCUUUAGGUGAUCCUUUAGUUCUUUGAUAGUUACAAUUCUGAAUUGAUUUGUACAUCACAUGUAACUUACUGAUGGAAAACAUAACUUACAGCUCCUUAGAAGCAUGAAAUAUUUUGGUUUGUAACAAUUGGCUGUGCAAAGUGUAGAAAGUUUCCUGCUUUUUUUAUCUUUUAUCUUGUUUUUUUCACCCAUUAUAUGUAUCCAUACCCAAUUAUAUGUAAGAAAAUCUUAGCCCUUUUGUUUCAUUGUAGUUAGUAAUUAGUUAAGUCUUUAUAAGCUGCAGUGUUCUAUAAAUUGAUAGUUAGCACAAUUCCAAAAGUUGUGUUUCUAUAGGAAAAUAAAAAAUUCUGCAGAGAAUGUUUAAUUCCCACUUUGAGUGGUUGGGGGGGGGAGGAGGAACGGUUGUUUCUGGUAGAUGUUGGUGGGCAAUCCUUGUAGUUAUAUUCUUGAAAUGCAACAUUUCUUUCCGAAUAACUUUUACCUGGGGUCUCCAAACUCAAGAUGUAAACUGACACAAUCUGAUGCAUUGGCCUUCAGCACGCUCUGCAUGCUUCAAGCAGUCUGCUCUGAAGCCAUUUGAGUCUUUAUGUGGUAUAGGCUGCCUGACAGUUACUAACCACAGCUGCUCCUGGAAUGGCAUUGUAGGUCAGUCUGCAUAGUGGAAGUUGAGGAGGAAAUAAGCUCUGCACAUUUCAGAGCUGCACUUUUUGUCACAGAUCUUUUCCAACAGAUACAGUUCUAUGUGCACUUCUGUGCACGUUUUGUUUGGUGUACUUAAUCAGUAUUAAAGAGUAACAUAGGGAGUAAGCUUUCUCCUGUAUUCCUGAACAAUGUUGAGAUUGUUGAGUUGAGAAUGUUGAGUUGAAGCAGUGGUGUAUGAGUGGUGUGCAACAUAGAAAAUAAUUGGGCUUUCAAAUAAUGUGUUCUAUAGAUAACACUCCAAAGCUGUAUCUAGAUUAUCUCUUUGUAUUUAAUAUGUGUAAUGUGUAUAAAAGCAGAUGCUUUUUCUAAUGAGACAGAAAUUAGUCUGGAUAGUUUACCUAGAAAUACUCAAUUUUCUAUGGAAAAUUGGAAGGCUUUGAAUUUUUAGCUUGAUUCUUGCUUUCUUUAAGUGCACCAUUUCUUGACUUAAGAAUAAUACUGUAACUGAGGUAUUGUAUGGAUAUACUUUGUACAUACAUAUUUUUAAGUAACAGGAGUGUAAUUGGAACUUUUUUGUAGUUCUUGAGGGAAAGAAAAAGGGUAAUUUGGUUGGACUUUUUUCCUGUGAUUUUCACCCUCUUCUCCAUGUGUCUGUAUUUAAGUAUUCCUAUCUGUAUUGCAGCAGGUUGUUUUUUUUUCCCCACUCUUUCCUUUUGUUAACUAAGAAAGUUCAUUUGUUCAUUUAUCAAAAAAUUUGCAAAGGUUAUCACGGUGGUAUGUUGUCAUGGAGUUAACUAGAUCAGUCUAUGCAGUAGGCCCCCGGCCCCACAAAAUGGGAAGGAAAAGGGAUAAGGAGAUGGGAACUGGGCUCAAGG